AUGCAUUGUGUCUUCAUUUUAAUAAUGAACGAUACGUUUGAGAGGCGACUCAGACAAGUCUCUGUAAAAAGACGACUAGGAAAGACUAAUUCUUCAGCAAUCAACGGUCGAAAUGAUCUCAGAAACAAGCUUAAUCUUACUGUACGAACACCUGAUGCACGGACGUUGCUUCGCAACCGUACUCGUCAACGUAACUCGACAUUUCGCGACGCUAGAAAUGUCUUGAGGUCGAGGAAUAUACCUCAGCCACGUCGAAAUCCCAGGGUCCCGUUCUUCAUUCCCGUAAGAACGAUUAAAAAUGAACUUUUUGGAGGUCAAAUAAACAAUCUACGAAAUUCACGAAAACCACGUCCAACAUCCUUUCGUCCAGGUAUUCCUGAUCUGCUGAGCUUACCGUUGCCUCUUCCUAAUCCUCUUGAUUUUCUCAAUAACCCUACACCCCCUUCUGGGUUAUUUGCUAACUUAUUACCGUUUAAUGAAGUUCCAGUGUCUGCUUCUUCAUCAGGGCCUAAGAUUAGUCCAAUACAAGGUUUCCGUGUGGAAAUCCGUAACCUUCAACCGUCCGUUACGCUAGAUGAUGUAUUCGAGCUAUUUAGCAGCGUUGGAAGUUUACGUCUGUGUACUGUUACACGGCCUGGCCAGGCAGAAGUAAUUUAUAAUCAUUCUUCAGAUGCGCUUGAAGCAAUUGAACGUUAUAAUGGUCGUGAACUAGAUGGUCGUCCAAUGCGUGUAAGCCUUACUACACCAGUUAGUGAUUUACCCAGUGAACGUGACACUUCUGCUCGCAUGGCCUCAAGACUUGGACCAAAUUAUGGAAGAAAGCAAACUGAAACACAAGCUAAACAAGUUAUUCGUGAGUCUCUGAACAAAUCAGGCAUUCCGGUCGAAGUAGACGCAGAUGUUGUCCGCAAAGCUUUGUUCAACGUUAGUUCAUCUGGUAGCGUUCAAUCUAGAAGACCUGUUGAUUUCAGCGUUAGUUUACGUUAA